CUGGCAGAGCAACUUUUGAGGGUUGCAAGGGAGUGGAACAUUGUGCAUAAAGUUGUUGCCUGUGUCUCUGACAAUGCUGCCAAUGUUGUGAAGGCCAUCCAGAACACAGGUUGGCCCCACCUAUUCUGCUUUGCCCAAUGCCCACACCCUGAACCUCAUUGUACAUAGUGGCAUUGCUGCUAUUAAACCUACAGUAGAUAAGGUCAAGGCAAUUGUGGAAUACAUGCACAAGAGCACAGUUGCCUCUGAAAAACUGAAGGCCACACAAAACCAGUUGGGGUUGCCAGAACUGCGUCUGAAACAGGAUUGCCCAACUCGUUGGAACUUAACAUAUUACAUGCUGGAGAGAAUACUGCAGAACAGAGAGGCUGUCAUCACAACACUGGCCUUAACAAAUCCUAGACUGGCCACCCUAUCUCCAGAAGAGUGGGAGGAGAUGCAACAGGCCUGCAAUGUUCUGAAGCCCUUUGAGGAGGUCACAGUUGAAAUAAGCGGUGAAGGGUAUGUGACAGCUUCAAAAGUCAUCCUUUUGGCAAGAGGUCUUCAAAAGAUUGCAUCAAGCCACCAACGAGCUGCUGGAAACCUCAGUGAACCAGUUAGGAAAUUGGUGGACAACAUCUGUUCCCAAAUGUCUCACCGGUUCCAUAAAAUAGAGUCCCAUGUUUUGCUCUCUGAGGCAGCAGCACUUGACCCGAGGUUCAAGAAGAAGGCCUUUCGGCAGGAUGAGGCAGCUGACAAUGUGUUUCAUCGCCUCUGCAAUUCUGCAGCAAGGAUGACAUUCCCCAACCAGCAGGCUGAGGAGAAGAAGAGGGAGCAGAAGCACAAGAGUAGAGGAGAGUGCAGUCUGGAAAGAGUUUGA